AUGCUGGAGAAGCUAUUGCUGUCUUCUUACCCCCUGCUGGGGCUGCUGCUGCUGACCCUGCUGGGGGCUGCUCUGCUGGCAGCUGCCCUGCUUUCCCGGCAGCGUGCUCCAGCACGGGACAAGAUCCCCAAGGCACAGAGGCGCAGGGAGGUGGCGCUGCAGCAGAUGGCAGCCCUGGCACAGCAUCUCCGGGAACAGGAGCCAGGCCUGGACCCCAAGCCCAUCCUGGAGCUACCCCUGGUGGAGCUGGCUCAGAAGUUGCAGGCGGAAGAGCUGAGUCUGGAGAGUGUCCUCUGUAGCUACUUAGAAGAGGCGCUAAAGGUGAACCAGGAGGUGAACUGCCUGACAGAUUUCCUGGAAGAAUGUGAGGAACAACUGCAGGCAUUGAAGAAGCUCAAGAAGAGUGAGAGAGGCCUUCUCUAUGGGGUCCCCAUGAGUCUCAAGGACCCCUAUGACUGCAUGGACCAUGACUCUACUUGUGGCCUGGCACAGUUCCUGGAGAAGCCAGCAGCCAAGGAUGGGGUCCUUGUAAAAGUGCUAAAGGCCCAGGGGGCUAUUCCUUUCGUUAAGACCAACAUUCCCCAGACGAUGAUCAGCUAUGAUUGCAGCAACCCCAUCUAUGGACAGACCCUGAACCCUUUUAACUUAAAGAAGACCCCUGGAGGCUCCUCAGGGGGUGAAGGAGCUCUGCUGAGUAAAGGAGGUUCCAUCCUAGGCAUGGGUACUGACACAGGGGGCAGCAUCCGCCUACCAGCUGGCUUUUGUGGUGUCUAUAGCCUCCGGACCUCAAAAAACCGCCUAAGCUACACAGGAAUUUCCUCUGCUGUGAAGGGCAAUAAAUCAGUGUCCUCUGUGGCUGGCCCCAUGGCCCGGGAUGUGGACAGCCUGGCGUUGUGCCUACGAGCCCUGCUGAGUGAAUACAUGCACCAGCUGGACCCCACUGUGCCGUUCAUACCCUUCAGGGAGGAGAUAUACUUCAGUACCCGGCCCCUUCGAAUUGGCUACUGUGAAUCAGAUGGCUACUCUCAACCAUCUCCUAGCAUGGCCAGGGCUGUGAGGCUCACCUGCAGACUGCUCCAAGAUGCAGGACAUGAGGUCAUUUCCUUCUCCAUUCCCCGGAUAGAGUAUGCCAUAGAACAGCUCUACAUUGGGGGGUUGUUUGCCGAUGGAGGGGCCACCCUUCUCGAGAAGCUUGAGGGAGACAUUGUGGACCCCUGCAUGAAGGCAAUAGUCACCAAGCUCCGCCUGCCAGACCUGGUGAAGUAUAUCUUGGCCAGGAUCCUGAAGUACAUAGAGCCCCGAAGUGCCCAGACUUUGGAAAUGCUUCGUGGAGUGAAGACACCCAAGAGACUGUGGGAGCAGCACACAGCAGUGCAGGAAUAUCAGCAAGAGUUCAUAGAGAAGUGGAGGUCCUUGGAGCUUGAUGUGCUGCUGGUGCCAGAUCUGGACCCUGCCUUCUAUAUAGGCUAUCCUGCCAAAGUAUUAAGCAGCAGCUCUUACACCAGCCUGUAUAAUUUGUUGGACUUCCCUGUUGGCGUAGUGCCCGUCACCACAGUAACUCUACAGGAUGAGGAGGAACUGGCCUUCUACAAGGGAUACUACGGAGAUAGUAAUGACAGAAACUUCAAGGAGGCCGUGGAAGGCUCCGUGGGGCUGCCAGUGGCUGUGCAGUGCAUCGCUUUGCCAUGGGAAGAGGAACUCUGUCUUCGGUUCAUGAAGGAGGUGGAGACCUUGGCCAAGAACCAGGGGGAACCCAAAUGA